UGUGGACAGGGUAAAUCGAAUAGUUGCAGUCCAAGGCGUUUCAAUGGGUUACACGUACGAUUUUCAAAGAUGAUGUCCUUAUAAAGUCUCAAAUACCUCGAGAUCAUCGACAAAAACACUCGUCCCUCAGCCUGAGGCGGGUCAACUUCGACUCCUGCUACACCCAUUCCAACUUUAAAUCCAUCGAAAUGUCGUCCGGACAUGGCGACGCGAAGCUCUUUGCCCGAGUAAGUCAGCGACUGCCUACAUUUAUGACUUUCGAGUCACAACAAUCUCCGUCGCUAUGCCCAGAGCCCCUACCCCCGCCAGCGUAUUGUUGUUUGGCGCCGACCUGAUUUCCAGCGAGGGCUGUGUAUCCUAUCAUGGAGUUCUCAGUUAUACACCAAUUCAAACCUUGCACCAAACCUCGAUGACCUGACUGACUUGAAACAAAGGGUAAAGUGGCCGAGCUACGACAAGAACUUACCAAUCCGGGUAAGAAAGACAAAAAUCAUGCUGCAAAAAAGAACGCGCUGAAGAAGAUCGUGGCAAACAUGACUAUGAGCAACAACGAUAUGGUUGCCCUCUUCCCAGACAUUGUCGCUUGCAUGCAAAUACCAGUACUCGAAAUCAAAAAGAUGUGUUUCUUGUAUCUUCAGCACUACGCUCGUAUGAAACCGGAGAUAGCCCUUCGGGCUUUGCCAUUUCUCCAAGAUGACAUGCAAGACCCAAAUCCACUGAUUAGAGCGUUGGCUCUCCGAACAAUCUCCUAUAUUCACGUCCGAGAGUUUGUCGAAGGGACGGUCGGACCCCUGAAGAAAUUAAUGACAGAUCAAGACCCCUAUGUUCGCAAGACAGCCGCUAUCACCGUUGCUAAAGUCUACGACCAUGACAAGAGACUAGUCGAAGGUUCCGACUUGAUAGACCGACUAAAUCGUAUGCUCAAGGACGACAACCCAACGGUCGUCGCUAGUUCUUUAGCUGCCCUUCAAGAUAUCUGGGAGCGCAGUGAGAACAUUAAACUGACAAUCGACUAUACCAGCGCCUCCAAAAUCGUCGCGAUUCUUCCAGACUGCAAUGAAUGGUCACAAACUUACGUUCUUGAAGCCCUUAUUUCAUAUGUGCCUCAAGAGUCAGGCGAGGCACUCCUCCUUGCAGAACGGAUCGCAUCUCGUCUGUCCCAUUCGAACUCCGGCGUUGUCCUUACUUGCAUCCGAGUCAUCAUGUACCUCAUGAACUACAUCUCCGAUCAACGCAAGGUCGAUGAACUUGCCCGCAAACUCUCUCCGCCUCUAAUCACUCUUCUCUCCAAACCACCAGAGAUCCAGUAUCUUGCUCUUCGCAAUGCCAUUCUCAUACUCCAACAACGGCCCGAAGUUCUUCAGAACGACAUCCGCGUCUUCUUCUGUAAAUAUAACGACCCAAUCUACGUCAAAGUCACCAAACUCGAAUUGAUUUUCAUGCUUGCCAACAAGAGCAAUAUCACCGUCGUCCUGAAUGAGCUCCGGGAAUACGCCACUGAGAUCGACGUACAAUUUGUGCGAAAAGCGGUACGAGCGAUUGGCAAGCUCGCUAUUAAGAUUGAACCAGCAGCUCGACAGUGUAUCGACACAUUGCUGGACCUUGUGAAUGCGAAGAUCCCGUACAUUGUUCAAGAAGCUACAGUGGUGAUCAAGAAUAUCUUCCGCAAGUACCCGAAUCAAUACGAGUCCGUAAUCUCGACCGUCAUAGGCCAGAUCGACGAACUUGACGAGCCCGAGGCCAAAGCCGCGAUUAUCUGGAUUAUAGGAGAAUAUGCUGAUCGUAUCGACAACGCCGACACGCUACUUCAGGACUACUUGUCCACGUUCCACGAAGAACCUAUCGAAGUUCAACUAUCUCUGUUGACCGCCACCGUCAAGCUCUUCCUCCAUCGACCAACUAAGGGCUCUUCAAUAGUACCGCAAGUUCUGAAAUGGUGCACCGAGGAGACUGACGACCCGGAUCUUCGUGAUCGGGGCUUCAUGUAUUGGCGCCUGCUAUCGACAGAUCCAGCAGCGGCAAAGAAGGUGGUCAUGGGCUCCAAGCCUCCGAUUACCGCAGAGAGCGAAAAGCUCGACCCAAGUACCCUGGAGGAAUUGUGUCUUGGUAUCGGCACAUUAGCCACGAUUUACUUGAAGCCCGUGCAACAAGUAUUCCGUGCAGCUCGCCCGAGACGACUGCACGAGUCGCCUGCGCUCCAACGACGGAAGGAGGACUUUCAUCGUGCACUCGGAUCGCCUGCAAUGAACUUGGCAAAUCCAUUGUCACUGACCACUGGGCCGACCUCGCCUGGCGGUACACCUCUACCUGGCCACCAAGCUGCCAUUGCCGCUGCCGAUGACUACUUCAAGAACCUCAGCCUCAGUGAUAACAGUGGCGGUGAUAUUUUGACCAGCCCUGGUGCAAAUGGCAUCGGGGGCAAUCCGUAUGUCGUGAGCCAGAAUGCGCCGCAGCAGGUUCUUCAACCACAGACGAAUUUCGCGCAGAAUGGGGAUUUGCUAUUGUAAUUCAGGAACUUGAUGAUGAUCACAUAGGCGGAGCUGUACAUGGGAGCAUGCGUUUCCAAACCAAGUCACACGUGGGAAGUGGGAAAUGGCAUGAAUAUAUAUUGGGUAUCGUUGCUUUAUCUAUUCCUUUUUCAUCACUCGUGGACCUUGUUUCACCUGUACGUGGAUUGGUGGCAGAAGAAGUUAUGUACAACGGUCGAUGAAGCAGUAGUAGAACAGCUGCACUCGCGUAGGUCCAUGGGAGCAUCAGGGACUGUAGCGUAGAAGUAAAUACUUCAGAUAGGGAAUAGACAAGAGACAGAGAAAAGGAAGCGUGGCCAACUG